UGUACUUCUCUUUCACAAACUCAGCACUUCAAUCUUCAUUCACCUCAAAAUGGAAGCUUACAACUCUUUUUCUAGCCAAUGGCGAUUUGUUUUCGUCCUAGGCCUCUUGUUUUUCUUAGCAAAUGCAGCAAAUGCAGUAGUUCAGCAUCAUGAUUUUGUUAUCCAAGCAACCAAAGUGAAGAGGCUGUGCAAAACCCACAAUGCAAUUACAGUCAAUGGGCAGUUUCCAGGACCAACCCUGGAGAUAAAUAAUGGUGACACUUUGGAGGUCAAGGUUACUAACAAAGCUCGCUACAAUGUCACCGUUCACUGGCAUGGUGUCCGACAGAUGAGGACAGCGUGGGCGGAUGGACCUGAAUUCAUUACACAGUGUCCAAUUAGACCAGGGCAGAGUUACACUUACAGAUUUACAGUCCAAGGCCAAGAAGGAACACUUUGGUGGCAUGCUCAUAGUUCAUGGCUCAGAGCCACUGUUUACGGAGCUUUAAUCAUUCACCCAAGGAUAGGAGAUUCAUAUCCUUUCCCUAAGCCAAAGCGCGAAACACCAAUCCUGAUGGGUGAAUGGUGGGAUGCAAACCCUAUCGAUGUCAUAAGGGAGGCUACAAGAACAGGGGCAGCUCCUAAUGUGUCCGAUGCAUAUACCAUCAAUGGUCAACCUGGUGAUCUCUACAAAUGCUCGAGCAAAGACACGGUGAUAGUUCCAGUGAGUUCUGGUGAAACCAGCCUCCUUCGCGUCAUCAACUCUGCACUCAACCAACAGCUUUUCUUCACAGUGGCCAACCACAAACUCACAAUUGUUGGAGCCGAUGCCUCGUAUGUCAAGCCCUUCACCACCAAAGUACUAAUGCUUGGUCCGGGCCAAACAACUGAUGUCCUCAUCAAAGCUGAUCAGCCACCAGCCCGGUACUACAUGGCAGCACGUGCUUAUGCAAGCGCCCAAGGCGCACCAUUUGACAAUACCACAACUACAGCCAUCCUCGAGUACAAAACCCCAACUUGCACUUCUAAAAAUUGUGGCACCACAACACCUGUCAUGCCUCCUCUCCCAGCAUUCAAUGAUACAGCUACAGCAACAGCCUUCACUACCAGCUUCAAAAGCCCAAAACAAGUCCCCGUCCCAACUAAGAUCGACGAAAACCUCUUCAUCACAGUAGGCCUAGGCCUCAACAAGUGUCCACCAGGCGCCAGAGCUAGAAACUGCCAGGGUCCUAAUGGAACCCGCUUUUCUGCCAGCAUGAACAACAACACAUUCUCUCUUCCUUCAAACACCUCCAUUCUAAAAGCAUACUAUGACAAAAUCCCUGGAGUUUUCACCACUGAUUUUCCAAAAGUGCCACCAGUGAAAUUUGAUUACACUGGCAAUGUAAGCAGAUCACUCUGGCAACCAUCCCCCGGGACUAAAGUUUAUAAGCUAAAAUAUGGUUCCACAGUCCAAGUUGUUUUACAGGGAACAAGUAUAUUCACAGCUGAGAAUCAUCCAAUUCAUUUACACGGGUAUGAUUUCUACAUUGUUGCAGAGGGAUUCGGAAACUUCAAUCCAAAAACCGAUACAUCUAAAUUCAACCUUGUUGAUCCACCUCUCCGCAAUACUGCCAGUGUUCCUGUCAAAGGAUGGGCUGUCAUUAGAUUUGUUGCUGAUAAUCCUGGAGUUUGGAUUAUGCACUGUCACUUGGAUGUUCACAUAGGCUGGGGACUGGCCAUGACUUUCGUAGUAGAGAACGGAGUUGGAGAAUCACAGUCCUUAGAGAAACCUCCACCAGAUUUUCCCAAGUGCUGAUCAUGAUGAUAUCAAGCUAUCAACAACAUAAUCAUUUAGUACAACAAACAUGAUUAUUUCAGAUGGGCCCUGUUUUUACUUUUUAAUGUUGUUUGUUCCACAUUGGAGCUAGUUAUUAUUUGUUUUUUCAAUUUGUAAUCUUGAUAGAUAAAUCAGGUCGAGAUACAUAUGUAGUUUUAUACUUCGACCCACAUAUAUAUCUGUUAGGAUUAGACCAUUGUGUACGGUGGUUACUCAUGUAUUGCUUUACAUUCCAAGAGGAAAUGUAGAAUAUAAACUUUCUGUUUUGCAUUAUA